AAAUUUCGAGCAGUUAAAAUAUUAAAUCACGGUCGAGCACUCCGGUAGUUUGACUAAAAUUUGGCAAGCAGUCUGGCGUUAAUAAGGGCGUGAGUGGGUGCCAAAAUUCAACGAGCCACUAUUUAGGCACAUAAAGACAAUAGAGCAAACUAUCCGCGGAAUUUAGUUUAAAGAAAUUUAAUAUUUUAUACAUAUAAUGGGGUAGUGUGCAUUGGCAAAUUGAAGAGAGAAGAAAAUAAAAUAAAAGAAAAAAACGUGGACGUGUUUGGGAUUGCUCAUUAAAUAUGGAGGCUGAUUCGGAGGUUAGACGGGUUCCUCCACUUCUGAAGAUUAAAGAUAUAUUUCUAAUGGAUGACACACUCACCUUGUGGCGACCUUCCCAUGAUGCUCGACAGUACUAUCUCAUUUCCGGGACAAUUGAUACUUCCGGUCAGCUCUCGCCGGUCUUACAAACGUUCUACACACAAUUUGAUUGCGUCACAAGCAUACUUACGUUUGAUGAUGCCGUUCCGAUAUUUGCAAACCAAAGCACAACGUUACAAGCGACAGACGAUUACACCGUGUUGAGAGAUUAUCACAUGAUACGUGGACUAUGGUUUAAACCUGACUUGGAGGAACGACUCGGUCCCGAGGAACAGACGUCUCUCGGUAACAUUAAACUAGCCAUUCCUCUCUCACAUGACGAGAAGGAAGAUAUAUUCUCAAAGAUGAAUAUUUAUUUUCUAGAGGUUUUAGAUUAUCCAGCAGAAGACAAAUCUGUUUCAAGACUGUUAAUUACGAAGACAGUACACGAGGAAUUCGAAAAAUAUGAUAUCUUUAAACCAGGCGGGCCAGUGUAUAUGGUCAAAGAUCCCGAUAAACAAGACGAUGGAUUCGAAAUAUACUAUCUGCGCGUUUGUUUCAACUACGCAGGCCGGAAAUGGCGUCAUGAAGUCGAGUUCAUGCUGGAAGAAGACCCAUGGCCGAUGUGUAAAAUCGUUCCUGUAAACAAUUAUUGCAGAAAACGACCAACAAUAACUGCGGUUCGAGAUGUCAGUUCGAGUCUACCUUGCCGGUAUGUGGGGGCAACAUGGCGGGAAACAAUGGCGGGACUUUUCGUCUGGUCGCUGAGAACAUAUCUUGUCUGGCUAAUCUUCGAACGUUUACAUGCCAAAGUCAAGCAUGCUUUAGAUCUUGCGACAAACCAUGUCAACAUAAAGGACAUUACUCACACCGAGUGUCCAAUGGUGUGCAAGGACAUGUUUCAAACGUAUGACUCUCUGUCAACUUUCAUUGCUAAAUGUGAAAACGAGCAAGAUCUACAGGAUUUACUUAGAAUAUUUGUUUCCCUCCAUUGUUGUGAAAACGGAAACUGUUCUCUUGUAUCAUUGAAAUCACUGAACGCGACACAGGUGCUCCCUGGGAUAUUGUAUCUUCUGGAGAAAACGAUUGCGUGCGCAUCUCCGCAGUUCCGGUACGAAAUUACGUCAACGGUAAUGCCUUGGUCUAUCAUGGGUUACUAUUGCUCCGACUUAAAAAUAAAAAGUCAUCGAAAAAUGGUGAUUUUCAUCAGUCAGUUACCUGGUAUCAACACAGAUCUUGAAGGAAGACCAUGUUCUCCGAUGUCGAACGGCGCGUUCAGUUCCGGUUACAACAGCGCAGCUGUUACUCCGAGGUCAUUUUUCGCAAGUCCUUUCAGGAAACGGUCCUAUUCCAGAAGUUCCCAGAAUUCGUCUGUGUCAAGUAUGGAUUAUCCUAUGUCCCCGUGAUAAAGGGAUUAUCUAAGCAUUUAAUACACUGUCCAAAAAAUGUGUUGUUCACUGCAAAUAUAUUUAGAUUUAUAAAGUUCUGAGUGGCAAUGCAUGCAUUUAAGUGUCGAAGGACAAGAGACGUGUAAAGAAAUACAUCGUACCUAUUUUUUUUUAUUUUUUUUUUUUAAUAUGAAAUAAAGAUACUUGUUAAUACUUUUUAUCAUUUUUUACAAGUUUUGAAAUGAUGUCGAGUUCAGUGACAUAGGGUUUUUUUUAUCAUCUUUAAACACAUUUUUUUUUUGUCAUUUUAAAACAGUUUUCUUGAAAGCGCUAAAUAGCUUAUGUAGUACAAAUGAAAAGAAUGUUGGUCGGAUCAUUAUAGC